AUGAAGAAGAAUGUCGGUGUGGAUAAAUGGAAGAAGGACCCCGAGCUGCGAGUGGCUCUGGCUCGCCGGAACUUAGCAUUCCUCUCUCGUGAGCUUCAGGAGUUCAUCGCCGACGGCUUUGCGCGAGAGCAGACGACGAGGCUCGACGACACCCUGAACGCCUUGAAACCGUCGAGGGCCGACGAGGCAACGCGACAGAACCUGCUGCUGGCAAUCCGCAAGGAGCUGCCAUCUCUACCGGCUAAGCAAGCGGAGGAGCAUCUGUGGCGAGCCUUCCGGCACAAGGUGAACUCCCUGCGCUGUCUGGGCCGGAAGGCUGUGCUGCUGGCGCUCCAGGCGGCUCGCAGCCCUCAGGGCCCUCAGGGCCCUCAGGGCCAAAGCGGCGAAGCGCCCCAAGAAUUCAAGCGCCGUCGCAUGGACACGCCGGCGCAUGGAGGGGAGCGGCCAGGAUAA